UGCAAUUCUGCAAAAUCCCCCCCCUGCAAACACGUUUAUUGUUCAAACCCUUUUUCCAAAAAGAAAAUCAAUCUCAAAAAUGUCAUCAUCAUCUGCAGAUGAACAUUAUAAAUCCCCUUCUUCUUUCUCCCCAUUCUUCUAACAGUCUUCUUCUCCACUGCCCUGAAGAAGACGACUCCCAUGAUGAUGAUGAUGAUGAUGAGGCGCAUAGACUAUUAUUCUUUUCCCCCAAGAUUCAUAUUUUAUGCUCUCAAUUUAUUUGUGUACAGUGUGUAUAUAUUGCCGACAGCUGAGAGUGGGAAUGCACUCAAUGUGUUUGAUUUUGGAGCUGCAGGUGAUGGCUCCACUGACGACACUUGUGCUUUUCAAGAUGCCUGGAAAGAAGCUUGUUCCUCGCAGUCCAGGGCAGUUAUUGUUGUUCCUGAUGGACAAUUCAUUGUUAGACCAAUAAAUUUUACAGGACCUUGCACAUCAAGGUUGUCCCUCAAGGUGUUUGGCACCAUUGUUGCCCCAGAAGAUCCACAAAUAUGGGAUGGUUUGGAUAGAAAUAAAUGGCUCUAUUUUGCAAAUGUUAAACACUUGACAGUACAAGGGAGAGGAACCAUAAAUGGGAUGGGACUAAGAUGGUGGGCUGAGUCUUGCAAGAUCAACAAAACCAAUCCCUGUCAACAUGCUCCAAAGGCAUUGACUUUCCACAAAUGUAAUUACUUGAGAAUUGGGGGGCUUCUGAUGCUAAAUAGUCAACAAAUGCACUUAUCCCUCACCAGCUGCGUGAAGGUGACAGUGUCCGGGGUUCAGGUUGUUGCGCCUUCUACUAGCCCUAACACUGAUGGCAUUCACAUAAGUUCCUCUACAAGUGUUACUGUUAAGGACUGCACUAUUGCCACAGGAGACGACUGCAUAUCCAUAGUUGGAAACUCCUCACGGAUUCGUAUUAGAAACAUUGUUUGCGGGCCGGGCCACGGUAUAAGUAUAGGAAGCCUGGGAAAAUCAAAUUCAUGGGAUAACGUGCACGACAUUAGUGUAAAAGGAACAUUUCUUUCGAAUACCAAGAAUGGGGCAAGGAUUAAAACAUGGCAGGGAGGGAGAGGUUUUGCAAGGAAGAUUACCUAUGAGGAUAUGGUGAUGCAAAAUGUCUCAAAUCCCAUUAUAGUAGAUCAAUAUUAUUGUGAUUCAGCCCAGCCAUGUUCGAACCAGACCUCAGCAGUUGGUAUAAGCAAUGUGGCUUUCAUGAGAAUCAAAGGAACUUCCGCAACGACAGAGGCGAUACGAAUAGCCUGCAGCGACACCUCCCCGUGCAGGAAGAUCUUCUUGAAGGACGUGGAGCUCGUUUCCUCUUCUCGGGGAAGCGGUGGGACCUCCUUCUACUGUUGGAACGCUUAUGGCUCUACGGAAGGCCCCGUCUAUCCUCCCCAAUGUUUUGCUCAUGCUACAACUGUGAUUCAGCCUACUCUAGUCCAAGUGAAUGAUAGUAGUAGUGGUGGUGGUAGUAUUGUUUCAAUGUGAUUCAUACUUUUAUGAGAAAUACACACAAUAACUAUCUGCACAUAAGUGUCUUUGUUUUUUGUAUAAAGAAUGAGAAUCCUCUAACAUUCCCUACACUUCAAAAUUAAUUAUAAAAAAAGGAAUUUAAAAAAAGUAAUUGCAUUAAAAAUGGAAGUACUUA